AUGUCAUCUGAACCGGUGCACCCAUUGCGCAUCGCCAAGGGCACGCCAGGCUCGUCACCAGCUAAAUCGCCCAACGCCGCUCCCCAGCCCCGCCCCCUAUCUGAACUUUCUCCCACGGAAAGGAGACGCAAUUCUCCUAGCUGGAACAACCAAAUGUCUCCUACCAAGAAGUCGACUCAAAACAGCGGCAAUGAUUCGUCUCCAUUCCAGAACUCGCCCGCCGACUCGGUGACAUCGCCGCGAGUGUUUUGGCAAAAUCGCAAUUCGGAGAACAUGUACGGCAACGGCUCGCCCUCUCCGACCCGGCGCUCAUCGAUCGAGCGUCUCCAGAAAGCUUCCCGCGUCAAGAACAGCAACAUCAAGGCACUUGAGCAGAAGCAGGAAUAUGACCCAACCCGAGUUCCUCAGAUCGAGAGACCUCUAGCCAAGGUCCAGAGCACAUACGGUUUGCCGGUAGGCUCCCCCGGCCCUUACUACGCUGAUGGCGACAAGUCCAUUGCUGCACCUGCACCCAUGAGUCCAACAAAGUCAGAUUCUGGUCCCAGUACGCCCAGAGGGCCCAGCAAAGACCAGGCUUCACCCACCAAAUCCUCACUUUCGCCAUCCAAAUUCAAGAGCAGCUUCGACCAUGAGACGGGCACGUGGUCUGCAGAUGCAUCUGCCAUGGACGGCUCUCCUAGCGGCCGCCCCUCGCAUCGGCACACGAAGAGCGUGACGUUCGACAAUGCGCCGCCCCAGAUCAACGAGUAUGAGAUGGCCACUCCGGAUCUCUCUUCUAUUGGAACAAAUUCGCGCGAGGGCAGCUAUGACUCGAUGGAUGAGGACGAGGAGGAAGACGAGGAUCUUCUCUACGAUCCCAAUCACAUGGGCGGCCACGAUGAUGAGAGUUUCGAUGCAUCUCUGGAGGACACAGACAAGACGCCAGUCGUCGGCCCCGAUGAUUGGGCCAAAGACAACUCUUUGAUGAACCACGAGCAUGAGGAUUAUGAUGGAAGCCCCAUGCCUGAAGGGGGUCUGGGAGGAAGCAGUUCGGGGCGCCUAUCCAUCGGCUCGGUCGCAGAAAAUCGCCCUCUUCCCCCUCUUCCAGGAAGUCAUGUCAGAAGCCAGUCUACCGGCUCUGUGCCCUCAUCUCCUGCGCUCUCUCAGGAUCCGGAGAAGAUGAGUGGUUCUCACAGAAGCCUACCUGUCCCACCUCCAGCCUCAGCCACAAAGUCCGAUAUCGAAGACUUCAUCAGCGGCAAGAUGUCACUUGAGGAAAGACUCAAGCUCAUGAUGAUGUCUGAUGACAGCAGCGGUAAGACCGCUGCCGAACAACAGCGCGAGCGACGUCUUCGCCGAAGUUCUGGUCGCAGUCGUAGCUCACUGUCCCGUGAUGACACGCUCAACACGGCUGAUGGCCACGAUAGCCAAAUCGCCCUCGACAUCCACAAAGAUGAAGAGGCCGAGGUCCAUGAAGAGGAAGACAAUCUCGGCGACAUGUCCGGACUGGGAGACUAUCAGCUGCCGCAGCCCAUCUCUAGGGAGUCCAUCAUGAAGCGUGUCAACGGGAGCAAGAUAUUGUCGGAUCCCGAAUCAGAGUACAACUUUUCUUCGCCGCCGGGGAGUCCCCUUCGAGACCAACACUUUCCUCUUGACCCCGAUGUUCCCAUUCCGUCCACUGAGGACUCUCUGCUGGAUGACGAGGACGACGAAGACGAUGAAGAAGAUGGUUCUUAUGAUGAUGAAGAAGAAGGCGACGGCCCUUAUGAUGAGGACGACCCCGUGGAGAGCAGCGUGAUUAUUCAUCGGGUUAUUCAUGAGGACGAUUCCGAGCUCGACAUGUACGAUUCCGAAUACGAUGACGAAUAUGACGACGAGUCUCACUUCGAAUCUGACGAUGACUUGGAUGCUUCGGGCUCUCAUUAUGGGGGUGAUGACAGCCAAUCUACGGAGUCUGGGCUUAGGACUGAGCCUACUGAGAACACCGUGGAAGACCCAGCCAAGGAACCUGCCAAGGAACCUGCCAAGGAGAUUGUCACAGAGCUUGUCAAGGAGCUUGUCGACGAGCCUGCCAAGGAAUCUGUCAAGGAGUCUGUGGAAGAAUUGUCGCCUCCGGAGCAUGAUGUUAGCGAAGAGGCGCUGACUCCUCGUGCCGUCUCUCCGGCAGGGACUGAAGAUGAAACACAAACCGAGGCUGAAUCUAGUAUGGUCAGCGAAUCAGCACUCUCGGUUUCUGAUCUAUCAUCGGACGCCACUCCUGAAGCUACACUGGACAUAUCUUCGUUUGACCCUUCUAUGCUUUCGGGUUCCGAGCUUGAACCAGCCGCUCUUGAAUUCAAUCGUGAAUUGCCAGAGGCGACAGACUCAGAGGGAGAGCACGACGUAUCGCCAAAAGUAUCAACUGAAAUCCUCCGAAACAAGACUCCAGAGAAAUCGGAAGAUAGAUCGGAAACUCCCGACUCUGUCAUCCAUAACCCCGUAUCUGAUGAAGAGGAGAUUGUCCGCAAAGAAUCCCCUGAGAUUCCCGAGCGGCUUGCAACUAUCAAGUCCUCUGGUUCCAAGUUGAAGACGAGGAUUUCCAAUACGCCUUCGGAUAUCGUGGCUAUGCGGGAGGCUCGUAGGCACGUCAGUGGUGAAAUACCUAGUGUUCCAUCGAUCCCAAGCAAGCAUCGCGCGCUCAUGUCAAGAGAUGGCAACGAUGCUGAGUUUAGCAACGACAGUUUCCUGGCCCGGCACCCAAGCUUUAAGAACAAGAGCCUGACAUUGGACCUGGACAUGGGCCUCAGCUUGGAUAAAGACUUUGAACGAGUCAUUGAAACGCAAAAGCGCGGAUAUCUCAUGCGACAAAACACCAAACUCGUCUCUGCCAGCGACAAGGAUGCCGAGGAUCCUUGGAAAGCACGAUCUGCUAACAACUCACCCAUCAAGUCGAGCCGGCCGCAGUCGUGGACUGUGGAACCCUGGAACAGCCAAACUCGUCGCAGUAUUCGAAAGGGCCAGCCGAUAUUAAGCCCCGUUCCACCAUUGCCGGGCCAGGAGAGCAAUUCGACCGCUCUGAACAAGGUUGUUGAGGAAGAUUACAGUGUUGAUGCGGCCGGCCCCGAUGCGGGUGAGAGAGGCCGCCUGUUUGUCAAGGUCAUUGGUGUCAAGGACCUUGACCUGCCAAUUCCAAAGAAUGAGCGCAGCUGGUUCAGCCUCACUCUCGACAACGGUGUCCACUGUGUGACGACAGCUUGGCUGGAGCUGGCUCGCAAUGCACCAAUCGGGCAAGAAUUCGAACUUGUCGUGCCCAACGACCUCGAGUUCCAGCUCACACUGAACGUUAAGCUAGAGAAGCCCACGUACUCCCAUGUCCAGCCUGCAGCAGUCAAGAUGACAAAACCCAAGUCAUCCACUUUCAGCAGGGUGUUUGCAUCACCCAAGAAGCGCAAGGAGCUUGAGCUUCGACAAAGGGCAGAGGAAGAGCGGUUUGCGCUGCAGCAAAAGGAAGCGCUGGCACAAAAGCAUGGAAGCUUUGCUCGAGCUUACAUCUCCCUGAAGGAGCACGAAAACCGAUGCUUCGGUCGCCCGUACACAGUCGAAGUUAUCUGCUUCAACGAGUGGGCCACCGAGGAAGAGAGUUUUGCCUCCACCAUCAAGAGCAAACGAGGCAACGCUGCUGGCAUUCUCAGAAAGGCGCCGUACAAUAUCGGGAAGCUGGAGCUUCAGCUUCUCUUUGUACCGCGCCCCAAGAACGUUACGGAUGAUGACAUGCCCAAGAGCAUGAAUUCAUGCAUUCGGGAGCUCAAAGCUGCGGAAGAGAGGCUUGCCCGUAACUGGGAGGGUGUUCUGAGCCAGCAGGGUGGUGACUGUCCUUACUGGCGCCGCCGAUACUUUAAGCUUGUUGGCACAAAGCUGACUGCAUACCAUGAGGCUACUCGCCAGCCCCGAGCGACGAUUAAUCUUUCCAACGCCAAACGUUUAAUUGACGAUCGUCGAACAUUGAUGGAGAAAGAGACAACGGGCAAGGGAGGCAAACGCCGCAGGUCCGCCUUUGCAGAAGAAGAAGAGGGGUACAUGUUUGUUGAGGAGGGUUUCCGCAUCCGGUUCAACAAUGGCGAGGUGAUUGAUUUCUACGCCGACUCUGGUGAGGACAAGGAAGGCUGGAUGAAGGCCCUUUCCGACGUCAUUGGCCGUGGUGAUGCCGGAUUGGAAGAGGAUCCCAGUGGGCCCCGGUCGCGGGCCAAGUGGUGCGAGCUUGUCUUCAAGCACGAAGAGCAAAUUCGACGCCGAACGGAUAGCCGGAGAGUGCACUCACGGACAAGGAGCACGUUCAACUAA